AUGUCAUUCUACGCCUUCACACCCUUCUCCUCCGCCAUCUUCCCCAACAGCGCAAAUAUAUCCUUCCACACCCUCCCCAAACCCACCUCUACCCGAACCCAACCCGCACCCCGUAGAACCAUGUCAACCCCCCGUAAACAACACACAUUCACAACCCUCUACUCCCUCUACGCCACCUCAGGCACAGUAACAAUCCACUCCUCUUCCUCAGACUCUCCAAUCCUAGUCCCCACCCCUUCUCCCCUUGACCCAAAUGACCCCUUAUCCUGGCCCCCCCAAAAGAAACGCACCGCCUUCCUCUCCAUCUGCACCUUCACCUUCCUCACAAACUUUGGCAUCGGCGGCCUAACCUCCGCCUUUUACCUCAUCUCCCUCGAGUUCGAAAAGUCCCUCCCGGAAACAUCCGCCCUCCUCCUCUGGCCUAUCCUCGUCUUGGGCCUCUUCAACUUUUUUUGGGUCCCCCUGGCUAAUUACUUUGGUAAACGCCCCGUGUUUGUGCUAAGUUGUGGGUUACUUUUCGCGAGUUACAUCUGGGGGGCUUUGGCGAAGAGUUUUGAGAGUUUGCUAUGGAGUAAUAUCGUUGCUGCUUUUGCGGGGAGCUCGACCGAGGCGUUGGGGGCGGCGAUGGUGAAUGAUUUGUUUUUCGUCCAUGAGCGCGGGGGGAAGAUGGGGGUUUAUAUGAAUUUUAUUAGUGGGGGGAAUACGGUUGGCCCGUUGGUUUGUGGGUUUGUUGUUACUGGGUUGAGUUGGAGGUGGCACAAAUGGAUUGCUGCUAUGCUGACUGGGAUUAACUUUGUGACUGUGGUGUUGAUGGUGCCUGAGACGAGAUAUCACAGGGUUGAAGUGACCGGAGAGGGGGGCCAGCAAGUGUCGGAGAGCGAAGAUAACGGGCAGGAGAAGGGCAAGGUGAGAGGUGACGGUGAACAGGGACAGCAGAGGGAGGGAAUAGUCGCGGUUCCGAAGAAGAGCUGGGUUCAAGAGUUGAGUUUGUGGUCUGGGACGCCAAAGGACCGAUUCUGA